GCGCCACCUUCGCAGCGGCGGCGGCGGCGGCGGUGGUGGAGGGAACCUCUGCACAGAUGAACAUUUGAAAGUAUCAUCGUCAAACAUCUGCAACCAUGGAGACCUCGUCAAUGCUUUCCUCACUGAAUGAUGAGUGGAGAUCCGAUAGCUACAUCGAGCCCCACUACAAGGAGUGGUACCGUGUGGCCGUUGAUGCUCUGAUUGAACAUGGGAUAGACGCCUACCAAGAAUUCCUCGUCAAGGAGCGAGCUUCAGAUUUUCUAGCUGAGGAAGAAGUGAAUUAUAUUUUGAAAAAUGUCCAGAAGUUUUCACAAAACACAGAAAGUGGUUCUGAUAGCUCCUGUGAUGGUGCCUCCUCGUCAGGGACUUACUGGCCCACAGAGUCUGAUGUGGAGGCUCCAAAUCUUGAUUUAGGCUGGCCAUGUGUGAUGCCCGGAUUCUUAGGGAGUACGCAUAUAGACCUCCUCUUCCAUCCACCGAGAGCACAUCUACUUACAAUAAAGGAAACUAUUCGGAAGAUGAUAAAAGAAGCAAGAAAGGUCAUUGCCAUAGUGAUGGAUAUGUUUACUGAUGUGGAUAUUUUCAAAGAAAUAGUAGAGGCAUCAACCCGAGGCAUAUCUGUAUAUAUUUUACUUGAUGAGUCCAAUUUUAAUCAUUUUCUAACUAUGACUGAAAAACAAGGUUGUCAAAUUCAACGUCUCAGGAACAUUCGAGUACGGACAGUAAGAGGUCAAGAUUAUCUUUCAAAAACUGGAGCAAAAUUCCAUGGGAAAAUGGAACAGAAAUUUUUGUUAGUUGACUGCCAGAAAGUGAUGUACGGUUCUUACAGCUACAUGUGGUCAUUUGAAAAAGUUCAUCUCAGCAUGGUUCAGAUAAUCACAGGACACCUUGUAGAGUUAUUUGAUGAAGAAUUUCGAACACUCUAUGCCAGGUCCUGUGUCCCAAGCUGUUUUGCUCAGGAAGAAUCAGCAAGGGUGAAGCCAGGCAAAGCUCUGUGGGAGAAUGGCCUUUACCAGCGAUCCAUUUCUUCAUUAGCUUCUGUUUCCAGCCAGAGAAACCUUUUUAGUAGACAAGACCAAAUGCAUAAAAUAGACCCUAGUUACUACAAAGGCAGAGGGAUGUAUACCCUAAACGAACAUGACAAACACAGCAUUAGAAAUCACGGAUACAAGCCUCAUUUUGUUCCAAACUUCAAUGGCCCAAAUGCAAUUCGACACUUCCAACCCAAUCAGAUCAAUGAAAACUGGAAAAGGCAUAGUUACGCUGGGGAACUCUCAGACACAACGCCAUACCAGCUGCUCAACAGAGCUCUGAAUCGGACUAAUAAUGCGCCUGGACAGUGGAGAAGGCCUUCAGACAGUCUCAGCGUGGCAUCCUCAUUACGGGGAGGCCAGGCAAGCCAGAAAAACAUACCUGCACAGAGUUUUGCUGAUCGGCUUGCCCAGAGGAAAACAACCAAUCUUGGGGAAAGGAAUUCAAAUGUGCGGAGGUCAUUUAACGGGACAGAUAAUCAUAUCCGCUCUUUACAGCAACGGAUGCCGACUCUGGAGAGCACCACAAAGUCUUUCCUGCGCACCUGGAGGAUUGACUCCUACUUAAAUGAUAAUUCAGAAGUUUCACCUGAACCAGAUGGCUCCAUCCUGGGUGACAGAUUCGAAGGCUACGAUAGUGCGGAAAACGUGAAAGCCAACGCAGCCUAUACUCAUUCGAGGCUGCGUUCCUCGUUGGCGUUUAAACCAACUUUACCUGAACAAAAAGAAGUCAGCAGCUGUACAACUGGCUCCUCAAAUUCCACCAUCAUCGGUUCUCAAGGAAGUGAUACACAUAGUGACGUCCAAGAGAGGUCCACAAACGCACUUGCCGUGACAGAGAAACCCUUGCUGGAGUCAAUCGCCAAGCUCCCUCCUCAGUCAGAGGCACCAAAAAUGCACAUCUUGCAGAUUCCCGAAAAGCAACCAGAGAUCUUAAACCGAACAAUGAAUGGCCGAGCAGAAUUAAACAACUGUAUAUAUGCAAACCUGUGUGUAAAUAAGCAGACAGAGAACACAAAAAGCCAGGAAAACGAGAAUCUGCUCAAAAGGCGAAGUUUCCCAUCCUUUGACCACUCAAAAGUCAAUUUAGAGCACGGCAAUAGCAAGAAUUAUGUGUAUAGUACCCUUACCAGGAAUCGGAUUCGACAGCCGGGAAAACCCAAGCAGGAUGUGCUGGUGAGUUCUAAGAGCAUGCACAAUGUGACCCACAGCACGGACGACGAGGAAGAGGAGGCUAUCAAGAGAGACCCUCCAAGUGGCUCGGCCACCAAAUCUAUUUCCAUUGCUGCUUUGCUUGACGUGAAUAAAGAGGACCCCAACAAAGAACUUACUUCUAAGAAGGAAGUGAAAGGCUCCCCAAGUUUUUUGAAAAAGGGGUCUCAGAAGUUAAGAUCCUUACUUAGUCUCACUCCGGAUAAGAGAGAAAAUCUAUCCAAGAACAAGGCGCCCGCGUUUUAUAGAAUGUGUAGUAGUUCUGACACUUUGGUUUCUGAGGGUGAAGAGAAUCAGAAGCCCAAAAAAUCCGAGCCCAGAGUUGAUUCAUCUCCUAGAAGAAAGCGUUCCUCCUCAUCAAAUUCUCAAGGCAGCAUCCACAAGAGCAAGGAGGACAUAGCAGCUAGCGCAUCUCCAGGGGUAAAUUCCCACGCAGAGGAAAGUAGAAGAAUACCGCCUUCUCCCAGACCUGUUGAAAGAAGGCUUUCCGAGAGAGCGGGAGAUGCCUCUGCCCCAAGAUUUAACACUGAACAGAUCCAAUACCGUGAUUCGAAGGAGAUCAGCGCCGUCACCGCCCCUCAAAGACGGCCAACCUCUUCUCCGGUACUAAAGCCCAGCGAGCUCCUGAGAUCUCAUUCAACCAACCAGCGAGUUUACAGUCGAUUUGAGCCAUUUUGUAAGCUUGAAAGCUCUAUUCCGUCAGCGAACAGCCUGACAAACACCCAUGCCAACCGCCCAGAAGUCAAAGCCACAGCAAUGGGCAGUAGUUAUGGCAGGUCCAGCCCGAUGCUGAAUUACAAGACUGGUGCUUAUCAUACAUACUCCCCCAAUGAAAACAGGUUCCGAGGCUUUAUGCAGAAGUUCGGGAACUUCAUCCACAAAAGCAAAUGAAAUACUUUCAUUUCAAAUUGCAAUUGAAAUAGAAAAUGAAUGUGGCUGUAAUAUUUAUCCAAAGAACACUGCACAGAUUUUUGUGCCAUGCUGAGAGUGUUCUGUAUUAGAAUUGGGGAACUAUGUAGUGUUGUAAAGAAAAGUUAAUGUUUUAUUGUAAAAUUAAUUGUACCUGGUUAGCAGACAAGGGACUAUUCCAGUAAAUAUAUUAAAAGGUUGUUUGUAAAUGGUGAUAGUAUUAAAAAAAAGAUAUGGGAUUCAUUAUUUUCUAUCUACUAAAAAUCUUAAGUAUUUAAUUAGAAGAAAUUUCAGGGAAGAGAUUACAUUUAGAUUUUUGAUCAUUUUUUUCCCAAAGUCGUCACUUAAAAAUACUUAGUAUUACUUGCCACUGGUGCUUUGUGAUAUAAUUUACAAGUUUGUUUUCAUUUUUUUUCAGAAAUAUAAGAAAACAGAACAAAGUCUUUUUUGUUGAUCAAUUCUGUAGAAUAACUUGAUAUAUUUUAUGGUUUCAAUAUCUUUACUAUGCAGCAUUGCACAAAAAGAGUGUUAUUUGAGUUAUGUAGGCCAGCGUGUCUUAUUGAGCCCGAGGUGUGCUUGCACUUAGAUACAUCAGCCUUAAGCAUCAGCCUUGUAAACUACAGACACACACACACACAGGCUUUAUUUUCUAACUCUCAAUAACUUUGCAGUGUUCUGCUCGUCACUUUUUCAUCAGCUGUCCAUUUUUUAUAGCCAUGCCUUAAUUAAGAUUUAAAGGAAGUGAACACAAUAUAGGAAUCCUCCCUUUCCAUCUAUACAAACCUUCUAAAGCUGUAAGAUUCUGCCAAAUCUUGUGUUAGAUUGAUAAGCCAAAUGCAGAAAUGUUUUGUUUGAAAACUGUUCACCGUUUUAAAGUUUGGGUUGAAUGUGGUGUAAUGGCACACUCUUUCAUGAGGACUAGAUGUGGCAGUGAGAACCAGGCCUAGUCUCUCACUAUGGUACAGCCAGGCUGGAUGGAAACAUCUCCAUGCCUUAGCUUGAUGGUUAUGUAGGUCAUAAGGUACCAUUUACCAUUCUUAAAGGGACAAAAAAAUCUUCCUGUUUAUUGAAGAAACUUGAACAUGGUCUUGUUUUAUGCAUGGCAUGUAGAAUCCAAGAAGCAAAAGACAGUAAGGUUUCUCUGUGUAACAAUACUGGCUGUCUUAGAACUUGCUUUGUAGACCAGGCUGGCCUUGAACUCAUAGAGAUCUGCUUGCCUCUGCCUCCCAGGUAUUGAGAUUAAAGAUUUGUGCCACCACCGCCCAGCUUCAAAUUAUCUUUUUUUAAUAUUUUCAGUACUAAAGCAGAACACUGUGUUGUUUUUUAAAUGCAAAUUCGCUUGAUACUAUCAAAUAUCAACACUUAUUAUGGUGCUGAAAUAAUUCACCUUAGAAGAAUCCUGGUAGGAGAGACUGUGGAAUGGAACACCUAGUAUUUCCUGAGCACAUAACCAUAACCAGGUCCUGCCUUACAAACAUGUUCCGUCAUGUGUUUAUGAUAACAUCGCCACUAUUAUUUACAAAUUAUUGAGAUUUCAGUUGAGAUAUGAGACUGAGAUAAUGUUCCUAGUCACAUGGCUAAAAAAUAGUGGGCUCUACCUUAUAACAUUUCUGCAUGACAUUAGCAUUCUGUCCAACUGGUCCAAUACCUGCCCUGUUAGAACUGAAGAAAACAUUUACUUCCUAACUAGGAAUCCCAUAGGAAAAGUUUAGUUGUAUUUCACUGGACAACAAGGGCACACUGGGAUUAAAUGGUUCUAGUAAGUCAAGGUAGAAGAGGAAGGAAGGAAGCGAUUCUGAGGGAUUUCAGCAAGGCCAGUUUUAAUUGCUUUGUGCCUUUGUGAUCUCCUUGUUGGCCUCUGACAAUGAGAACAAAGGAGAGGGAACCAGUGUGAGCUGUAACAUUUGGGCUUCGAGGAAGCAAAGACUGACUCUGCAGAGGGAGGGAGGUGGCGAAAGGAGCUCAGUAGUAAAUGCUUACAAUAACCAUAGCAAGAACAUCCACUGAAAUAAAACUGCACUUCACAGAAGUUACUGUGCUUUUCAAGACGGGCUUGGCACCAAAUGCUGGAGGCUGGAUUUCAGCACAGUCUGUGAGUUAGUCCAGCAUUCUGUGCCCAGUUGUUUCUUAGCUGCUUUGGGUUUGAGCACCUGCUUUGGAAGUGUUAAUAAUCGCCUCGCUCUUUUGCUCAUUCUCUCAUUAUAAACUGCAGAAAUAUGCUGGUACCUCUAGAGGAAUAAUAUUUUAUAAAUAAGACUGCAGAAUAGAUGUUCAGUUUUACAUCAUUACAGUAGCUUUAUAACCUCCUAUUGUAAUUGAGGAAAUUGCCAAGUUUGCAAUUCUGGUCUGAUUCUGUCAGAAAUGGAAGCGUGCUGACCUUGAAAACGUCCACACUAAUGAUAAUAUAAAAAUAGGAUGCUGAGAACCACUGGUUUUUUUUUUCAUCAUGAAAAAGGAGCCAAUUCAUAGAAACUUUAACUCAUAAACAGGCUUUUAGAAUGCAUAUUUCCUUUUAAUCAGACCAGAGGUUCAUAUGCAAAAGUUUAGUGGCAUAGGAAUGCAGCAAAUUGCAUAAUUUCUGACAGUAUGGUUAACUUGUAGGAACAUCCUGUUAAAUUGUCCCUGGCCUCUUCUUUGUGAAUGGAGAGUGUCGGGAGCUUUAUCCCAUCUGCCUGAUAGAUAAUUUAAGCUUUUGCAUGGCAGAUUUAUUUUCCUUACCCCUUUUCUUUGAUUAUCUCCCUUAUGUCUGAGUGUGUAUAUAGCCUUCCAAAAUGUCUUCACUGAGAAAGUCCCCACAAUUAAGACUGAGAAAACACUUAACACUUAAAUAUAUAUAUAUAUUUAAUUUAUAUAUAUAUUUAAUAUAUAUAUUUAAUAUAUAUAUAUAUAGCCAUUGUUACGGCUUUCACUAGAUAUUGCCCAGGUUUGGUGGAUAUAAUUUCAAAUAAUAUCUCUUAUCUCUUUACUUCCCAUUUUAAUAUUGGUGGAAAGCUGUUACUUAGAUGUGUUUUGAUAUUAAAUUUGGCGAUAAACUUCUCCCUCUACAUAGGCUUUCGUUUCUAAGCAGAAACACAAGGACUGAGUGUGAUUCCCACGUGGUUCUUGGCAGGUGGUAUAACAGCACUGGAGAUACUUAGCCUAGUGUGUUUAUAUCCUUCCACUCUGACGGCAUAGCCUGACCCUACCGUGGUCGCUGAAGUGUGGGCACAUGUAGUCAAUCUUUGUGAACAAAUGCAGACAAGGGCUGAACUGUGGGUGCAUUCAGGUCCACUUUACUCACGAACCAUCUUUGUGGCACUAUUAUGCCACAGAUAUUUUUGUUUUUAUUAAUAUCUGUUGACUCUUACUGUGCCUUUAGCUAAGGGGUUUAAAGUAGAAUCAUUGCUUAAUAUUAGCUAAACUCAUGAUUAAUGUGGGAUUGUUUUAAAAGUUACAAUUUCAGUUCGGUUCUGGUAUAUUUUUAAAAAGUUAUGAAAUUAUAAACAAAUCCAUUUAUUAACUUUUAUACACAGAGAAUUUUACAAAGAAAUAUUACUCUAAAUAACAUUUUGAUUAAUAAAUGAACAUUAAAUAAUUUUGUACAAAUGCUAUAUUGUUGAGUUUUUAUCAUUAUACCUAAGG